GGGGGCGGGGGCGCCGCGCACGCGCAGGGCCGGCGGCGCGCGCCGAGCGGGGGGCACCGCGCGGGUGCAGCCACGAUGGAAGGGGGUGCGUACGGAGCGGGCAAAGCCGGGGGCGCCUUCGACCCCCACACCCUGGUCCGGCAGCCGCACACUAUUCUGCGCGUCGUGUCUUGGGUGUUCUCCAUCGUGGUGUUCGGCUCCAUCGUGAACGAGGGCUACCUCAACAACAACUCGGGGGGCGAGAAGUUCUGCAUCUACAACCGCAACCCCAGCGCCUGCAGCUAUGGCGUGGCUGUGGGCGUGCUCGCCUUCCUCACCUGCUUGCUCUACCUGGCCUUGGACGUGUACUUCCCGCAGAUCAGCAGCGUGAAGGACCGCAAGAAAGCUGUCCUGUCCGACAUCGGGGUCUCAGCCUUCUGGGCCUUCCUCUGGUUCGUGGGCUUCUGCUUCCUGGCCAACCAGUGGCAGGUGUCCAAGCCGAAGGACAACCCAAUGAAUGAAGGGACAGAUGCGGCCCGGGCCGCCAUCACCUUCUCCUUCUUCUCCAUCUUCACGUGGGCGGGCCAGGCCGUGCUGGCCUUCCAACGGUACCAGAUUGGCGCCGACUCGGCCCUCUUCUCCCAGGACUACAUGGACCCCAGCCAGGACUCCAGCAUGCCUUAUGCCCCCUACGUGGAGCCCAGCGCCGGGCCGGACCCCGCCGGCAUGGGCGGGACCUACCAGCAGCCGGCCAACGCCUUUGACACCGAGCCCCAGGGCUACCAGUCCCAGGGCUACUGAGCUGCCGUGACCACCUGCCCCUUGCCUGUCCCCGCCCCAGUCCCAGCUGCCCCUCCCCCCCACCCCUGCCCACACCCAGACCCUUGCUCCCUCCCAGACUGCCCUGCCCAGCGCCUUGCCAGCCUCGGCGCUGUUCUGCUGUGGUCCAGGGCAGCUUGGUGGGAUGGGGCGGUGAGGUGUCGGCGGUGCGUCUCCGCGUGUGUGCAAGGCUGUCUGGCAGGGGCUGGGGGCGUUUGCACUCGUGCGUUGUGUCACUGAGCGUUCAUCACGUGCCUACUGUGUGUCACGGGUGGGCUUGACGCAGGUAGUGAGAGACCAGUGGCCCAGGGAAGGGGGAAGACAAGGUGCGGAGGAGCCCCGCUGGUCCCGGAGGUGGGAAUUGGUGCGAAAGCCCGGGAUGAUGCCAGGAAGGUUUGGCUCCGGGGUGUGUGGGGACACGUGGAGGACACUGGGAGCUGUCACCCAGCCCUACUAUGAGCAUGGGGGCAGUCUCCCGUUUUAUGGUUGAGAGCACUGAGGCCUGCAGAAGUCAGGGUCCCUUGCCCAGGGUCACGCAGGCAGCCAGUGAUAGAAUUGGGCCCAAGCCCCAGCCAUCUGACCGGAGAGCCCCUGCUGUCUCCUGUCUUCCCUGCCUUCCUCGUCCCUGGGGCUCCACCACUCAGUAUUCCUGUCACUCUGGGAGGCCUUGGGGACCUCAGCCCGUGAGAGAACCCUGAUUCUGCUGCAAGCCAAGGGCCUGCUCUGCCCGGCUGCUCCCCACAAUGGGACAGCCCAGCCUCCAGGCCCCGCUCCCCACAUCCCCACAGCCCCUCCCCCAGCCUCCAGUCAGGGUGGGAGGGCCAAUGGGGCUCGCCUCACUCGCUUGUUUCCCCAUGUGCUGUUCCAUGCUGUGUGUGCCCCACGGGGAGCUCUAGCACCCUCUUUGUGGCCUCCCAAAGGACUGACCGUUGUCCCUGCCCAGG